CUUUUUCCCAAAAUCGCGUUUAACAAAUCAAACGCAGACAACAAAUAGAUUCGCUAACUAAACCCACUUCCCUCUCUCUCUCUCUCUCUCUCGCUUCUGAGAAGCCAACAAUGGCAAUGGCAUCAGCUUCUCUCUCUUCCUCCACUCUCUUCAAAUCCAGCACCUCUCACCCUCACUCACCAUCUUCCUUCCUUCCUCUCCGCACAUCCUUUAAAUCCAAAAACUCCAUUAAAAUCCCGCUUCUGGUAAGCAGCCUAAAACCCCUGCUGCCGGCGGCAGCCAUGAAAGAAGAAUUCGACACGUCCAUUUUCGCCAACGAUUUCGGCGGACCGCCACCGAUCGAGGGGUUCAGCGAUCUGGAGCCCAAGGAGGAGCCUGAGUGCCCGCCGGGCCUCCGCCAGUACGAGACCAUGGCCAUCUUACGCCCCAACAUUUCCGAGGACGAGCGCCUCGCCUUUAUUCACAAGUACGAACAGUUGCUCUGUGCCGGGGGGGCUAUGUAUGUGGAGGUGUUGAACAAAGGGGUGCGCCCGCUUGCUUACAGCAUCAGGAAGAGAAACAAAGCUGGAGAGACCAACACUUACUUGGACAGUAUCCAGAUUCUCUUCACUUUCUUCACCAAGCCAGAGUCAAUCUCGAUUAUUGGGGAAACCCUACAAAGAGACGAUGAUGUUAUCCGCUCAUCCACUUUCAAGAUAAGGAAGAGGAAGUAUUAGUGACCUUUCAUUAAGUAUGGUAAAGAAAAUAUGGGGUGGGUUUACGCAUCGUUGAAUCUCAGGAUGAAGGUGCAAUGGAAUCACAAUUUUGAAGAAAUAUAUAUCUAGGAUGGCACAAGGUUUGCUAUACUGAUUCAUCUUAUGCAGUAUUGCUAAAACUAUACAUAAACAAUUGUAUACUGAUUGGGGAGAUGGAGGGAACCAUCGUUAUCAAUAUUACCAAUUUACUCAUCAAUCCAUGUGAAUUGUGAUGUAUAGUUGUGUAAUGCAGGGUUUCUAAGUUUAGUUUUGAUUACAAUUAUGUAGUUGCAUAUUGUAAUAAAAAAGAACUCAAAUGCCUAAAUAUGUCAUUUAGAUCGCAAUCA